UAUGCGAUUGCCCAAAAUAAGACCGAUUCAUAGACUUAUAUAACUAGGGACGAUACGUGUAACUGACGAGCCAUGGGAGGCUCGCCUUAUUAGCCAUAAUUUAUCUGGCCGAGAGGACUCGUUUACUCGUCACGUGCGCCUGAGAGACCAAUAUUGCAUGGUAUCUGGUGCACCAAAUAGAUUGGCUGCUUUUGGUGACUUCAUUGGACUACAAGCUGCGCACUUAUUUCCAUUGGCGAAGGAGAUGAUAUGGAGAGCAAAUGAUUACCGCUGCUGGGUGAUGGACAUGGACGAUGCGCCUGAGAGCAGUAGGAUAAAUUCUAUCCAGAAUGGACUGCUAAUGUCAGAAAGCUUGCAUUCGUGCUUCGAUCAGUACUUGUUCUCUAUCAAUCCUGACGAUGGCUAUAAAAUAAUAAGUUUUGUACCUGACAAUUGGGGCGUCGAUGGUCGAAUCCUAGAGCUUCCCUGUCGGGAGCCGUCAAAUCCACACCACGUGUCGGAUGAGCUGCUACGAUGGCACUUUCGGCAGGGUGUGUUGGCAAACAUGCGUGGUGCCGGAGAACCAACCUUUGACAAUGACUUCCCCCCCAGGAGGGACCAAAUGGCUGUCUUGCGCUCUGAGCCAUACGGAAAGGAACGACUCGAGAUGGAAGUGAGUGAAAGGCUGAAAUGUGCCACUCAGCGUUCUGAGAACCACGCACAUUGAGGAUGGCUACAACUGUCUCAAAUAGCUCAGAGAUUGCUCGAAUCAAAGCGUUCAAUGCCCCUCUUUGCCUGGGAGCUAUCAAAUGCUUGAAUAACUAACCUCGCACAUUCAUUUUGCUUCCAUUUUUUGGCCCAAUCAAAUUUGUAUUUGGAGUGGUGUUGGCAUCUAUCAAGGAGUUGGGUAACGAUCUGAACAGUCUAUGGAUAAUGGUAUGAGCUUUGCA